GGUACAACAAUAAAUUGUAGAAUGAAGAAAAUUAGUUGAAGAGAACCCAUUUUGAUGACAAUAUUAUAUAUGUAUAGAAAAUAUCAAAUAUUAUGAGAAGAAUAAAGACCAUUUCUAGAUAAAUGCAUACACAUAUGUCUAAUCAGAAGGGUUCGGGCUGGAUAUAGAGAAAAAAAUGUUCACCCAUCACCGCAAUAUUCAUAUUCGGGUUUUGCUCAUACCCGUCAUAAAUCCUCCAAGUUGGGGUUUUGCUCUACCCGAUUAAGUCGAAUUCUGGCGAAUAUCCACAGGUGUUGAUACUUUUGCCAUCCUUAGCCAACAGGGCAUGGUUGUCAUGUUGGUGGUAAUGUUGGUCGGUACAACCAGAUUCAACGGUACUAGUUGUAAACCUAACUGGAAUAUCCUCGAUACGACUGACAUGAUCGAUUUUCGUUAUUUAAACAAAAUGACGUCCAACGAAUUUAAUACAAAAAAAUAUUGAACUAUUUUUUAAAAUUGAAAGUUAAACGUUGAUGUCAUCUGUUGGGUUCGGGAAUGAAUGUUUAGAUGUUUAUGUUAUCUGUUGGAUUCAAGUAUAAACUUAUGGGUGUUGUCGUUAAAUGUUGUAUUUAAAUAUGCGGAUUUGUUUAUUUUGUUUGGAGUGUUGUAUUUUAUUUAAAUAUGGAUACAAAUAUUAGACCAUAACAUUUGCUAAAUAAUUGGUAUGAACUGAGAUAAAUCGAUUAAAAAUCUGUCAGACCAUACCAUUUGCCUAAUCUACAUAACGAUAUAAACCGAUUUGACAACAAUGAGAGCAUUUUCCCCUAUAAUACAGAGAGCAUUACUAGAUACUAGACUAGUAGUACAUGUAGCACACAACACAAUCAAACAGAAAUCAUUAUUGAGAUGGCGACAUUCGAUGGGGGAAUAUCCUGUUAUUUUCCAGUGGUGUACAUAAUUUGUUGUUAUACAUUAUAUCCACAAAAUCUUUGUUUGGGUAUGAGUUUAGAUUGAUCUUCUGUUCUUUUCAACUCAAACCAUUUAUCCAAAAUCGAAAUAAUUGCAUGCAUCUGAAUGUGGCCCAAUGCCCAAAGCAAAGGUAAAAAAUGUUCAAUAAAUGAGCACUUCUCUGUCAGUACCCCACCCUCAGCUCGGAGUAGAUGGUGUAUGUAAAGAAAAUCAAGUAAUACGAUAUUUUAUGUUGAAAUUGUGAUUUAAUUGUUUUAUAUUAUUAAAAUUAUGUAUUGGUUCAAAUUUCAAUAAUAAUGUUUUCGGUUGAAAUGUUAUUACAGAAUAUGAUUUUGUAAAUAUGGAACAUAAUGUCAAGAUGAGGAACAAUAAUGUCCUAGUCCGAGCUUGUACAAAAGUUUGAACAAUCUCAGGAGUUGAUCUAGUGGUAAAUGGUAAUGUGGGCAUACAUUCAUCACACUAUGAGUUCGAACCUUUGAGACCAAUAAUUAUCAGAAGAAAAAAGGUUUGAACAAUCUCAAGGUUGCGAUGAGUUUUUUGUUUUUACUUUUAAAAUUGACUGUAUUUUUUUAUUUUUCUAUUCUAUCAAUAGGUAACCAUGAUAAACUCGAAAUAAUGACCCAAUUCAUGAGAACGAAGACUCAAAUAACGACUGGAGAUAGAGCAUGGAUGACAAUGGGAGGUUUUGGGGUUAAUUUUUCUAAAUCAUUUCAUUCAUAAUUAGUAAUUACAUAAACUCACAGUUUUCGGUUACCCGUGAGUAAUACUUGUCCCGUAAAUCUAAUACUAAUAUAUAUGGAAUUUCACAUGUAUAUCUUCAGUUAUAACACUAAACGCACCUAAUAAAUCACAAAAUCAACAAAGAUACAAACAUUCUCAAUAUGAAUUCAAAGCAUCCACUCCUAAAAUAUACAUUAGUUCAUAAGACAAAGUACCCAAAUCAUUCAUCUCUAAGUCCGACACAUGACACCUCUGCUAAACAAUAAACAACUAACAUUAAAUUUUGUUAACAAAGGGGAGAGAAAGUGAAAGAAAGAGAAAAUUAAAUUACAUUCAACUCUUUUUUUUUAUGAUCCGUCUUGUCAUCGAAAGGUUAUAAUAUGAUCCCUAUAUUUUUAAUAUAGGAAGAAAAUUUUUGGGGAUAUAAAUAUGAGUAUAUGACUGUAUGAAGUCAAAUCCGUCUCGUCCUCAUCAAAUGUUUUGUGGGUUUAUCCAUACCCAUCCUAUACCAAUCAAUACAAAUAUUCUUCGUAUUGACUUAAUCGAAAGUGAUCGAAUAUGUACGAUUGCUGGUUUGAUUGUCAUCUCCAACCUAGAGGACCCAAAAUCGGUUAAUAAGGAGACCUUCCAAGUUCCAGCUGAAUGUAGUAACUUCUAUUCACUUCCAAGUUCCAACCCAUUAAGCUGUCACAGUUAAAAAGAAAACCAUGGUCGAUUGGUCCUGAAGAACUUCCCUGGAGGCCUGGACCACAAUGAUAUGAAUCAUCUACCGUCACUCUGUCAGAGAGUUUGUGACUAACAGUAGUAGAAGAUCCUAUUUUAAGAGAACGGAAGAGAUGCUCUGCUUGGCCUUUUUGGGUCUGGUUCGUCGUCGCAUUCUGCACUUUCCCCCCUUUCCUCACUUUCGUUGGUUACUCCUUCCUUCAUUCCUUAGCUCAGCUCCCUCCCCACUUCCUCUUCUUACUUUUGCCGGCCAAAGAUGGUUUCUUUGGCCCAGGCUCUGGCGGUUUCCUACCCCGCCGGAUUCCCCUGCACCAGCUCUCACGCACCUCCUCGCCGGUGGAGCUCCGGCCGGUUAAUUACUCGGCCAGAUCACAAUUCGAGGUUGAGAUGGCGAUCCAAGGCGGCGGAAUCCGAUAACACUCCUCCUCCUCCUCCUAAUUCUCUGCCUUCGACUUUCGCCGCUUCCGUUGACGCCGCCGACUCUGCUGCUGCUGGAUUUUGCAUCAUAGAAGGGCCGGAGACGGUGCAGGACUUCGACAAGAUGGAAUUGCAGGAGAUCGAUGACAACAUUCGGAGCCGGAGGAACAAGAUCUUCCUGCUCAUGGAGGAGGUCCGGCGGCUGAGGAUACAGCAGCGGAUCAAGCGCGCUGAAGUUGGAAAACCGGAGACCGACCUCCCUGAUUUCCCUUCUUUCAUCCCAUUCUUGCCUCGUCUGACUGCAGCAAACCUUAAAGUGUAUUAUGGCACUUGCUUUACUCUCAUCUCUGGGAUCAUCAUCUUCGGCGGCCUCUUAGCCCCAGCUCUGGAGCUGAAGCUGGGAUUAGGAGGCACCACAUAUGCUGAUUUUAUUACCAGUAUGCAUCUGCCAAUGCAGUUGAGUCAGGUGGAUCCGAUCGUGGCAUCGUUCUCCGGUGGAGCGGUUGGAGUGAUCUCGGCAUUGAUGGUGGUGGAAGUGAACAAUGUGAAGCAGCAGGAGCACAAGAGAUGCAAAUAUUGUAUUGGUACUGGGUAUCUUGCUUGUGCUCGAUGUGCAAACACCGGAACCCUCGUCCUAAUCGAGCCAGUUUCGACGACAGUCGGUGGUAGCGAAGGGGAAAGACCGCUGUCGGUGCCCAAAACGGAAAGGUGCCCGAAUUGCUCCGGGUCGGGGAAAGUGAUGUGCCCUACGUGCCUAUGCACUGGUAUGGCUAUGGCGAGCGAGCACGACCCGCGAAUCGACCCGUUUGAUUGAAAAAAAUGUGAGGUUUGUAUGGCAAGGAAACAAUCUUUUUUUUUUUUCUUCUGUUUUGAUGCAAGGAGCUUCAUCCAUGUGGUGUUGUAUUCAUCUAACUGUUGGCUGUUGCUAUGUGCGCAGCUGAAACCGGUAAUGUUGUUGUAAAGAUGACUAAUUAAUAAAGUGGUCUCUCUUUUCCUCUUUGUGUUUCAAAGGGGUUUUCACUUUUCAGCUGGAAAUAGUGAAAAUGAGUUGGAAUUCGUAAAAGAUUAAAUUUUAUUUUAUUUA